UCAGCCAACUUUUUCUUCACUCCUCCUGGUCCUUUUUAUUUUUGCUUUCUCUUUGAAACCAAUAGUUUGAAAAAUUGUGGAUCGAAACCCAAGGAAAUGGGUUUCCUAUUCAAAGCUCUGUUUUCAACUCUGUUUUUAACUCUGUUUUUGGUUUCCCACCAAACAAAAGCAGAGGAUUUCAAUUCCUUCAAUGAUAAUAAUAAUAAUAAUAAUAAUGCUUCUGCUUCUUCAACUACUUCUGCUGCUGCUGCUGCUGCUGCUGCUUCCAAUUCAGUGCCCAGAAAGCUUGCAGGAAAAUGCAACUGGUUCCGUGGUAUGUGGGUCUACGACGCUUCCUCCAAGCCCCGCUACGAUUCCUCCACCUGUCCUUUCUUAGAUCCGCAGUUCGACUGCCAGAAGUACGGUCGUCGUGAUUCUACUUACCUCAAAUACAGAUGGCAGCCCUUCUCCUGUGCCUUGCCCAGGUUUAAUGGGUUGAAAUUUUUGGAGAAAUGGAGGGGGAAGAAGAUUAUGUUUGUAGGGGACUCACUUAGCUUCAACCAGUGGGUGUCUUUAACAUGUAUGCUUCAUGCAUGGGUGCCAAAUUCCAGAACAACUCAUUUUAGAAGAGAUGGAUUAGCUUCAGUCACAUUCCAGGAUUAUGGAGUCCAAAUACUACUAUAUCGGACAACAUACUUGGUGGAUCUUGUCAACGAGAAGGUGGGCCGAGUGUUGAAGCUGGACUCAAUUAGGAGCGGCAACGCAUGGAGAGGCAUGGACCUGUUGAUCUUCGACACGUGGCACUGGUGGACCCACACAGGAAGAGCACAGCCAUGGGACUAUCUGGAAGAGAGGGGCAAAUUGUACAAAGAUAUGAACCGUCUGGUCGCGUUUUAUAAAGGACUUACGACUUGGUCUAGAUGGGUCAACCGAUAUGUUGAUGCUUCCAAAACCAAGGUCUUCUUCCAAGGGAUUUCUCCAACCCACUAUGAGGGCAGGGAUUGGAACCAACCAACAAGAUCAUGCUCAAGUGAAACACAGCCAUUCUUGGGAGCAAAGUACCCAGCAGGCAUACCCUUGUCUUGGGUUGUAGUCAACAAAGUGUUGGCUAGGAUUAAGAAACCAGUCUAUCUUCUUGACAUUACAUUUCUCUCACAAAUGCGCAAAGAUGCUCACCCAUCUAAGUAUAGUGGCGGCCACGGGGGAACAGAUUGCAGCCAUUGGUGUCUUCCUGGCCUCCCAGAUACUUGGAACGACCUCCUAUAUGCAGCUCUAUUUGGUUGAAGGAAAAAAAAAUAAAAAAUUCACAAGCAUUGAUUAAUGUUGUAUUUAACGUAACUAGGUGCAUUAAUUCUUGAAAGAAACUCUCAUUGUUUCAGGAAGUAGGGCAUUUUAUUACUUGUGCAUUUGAGCAAUAAAAGGGUUCGUGAUUCAAUUGUAUAUUUACAUUAUUUAGCAGUCAAAUUAUUGAUCCCUUGAAUUG